CAUUCACGGACCUCAGAGUAAGCUUCAAAGAAUCAAAAGGGCGCGACAUAUUUUGGGUGAUACUACCCGUCGAAUCAGGAUUUCUCAAGGGAGAGCAAGGAGAGAGAACCCUCCUCGACGACAAUGGCGGACGAUGACUACAACGAUAUGGACAUGGGAUACGAGGAAGAGCCACCAGAGCCGGAGGUUGAGGAAGGAGCAGAAGAGGAUGUUGAGAAUAAUAAUAAUGAAGAUGAUACAGAUCCUCUUGUAGCAGAAGUCGAAGAAAAAGAGGUACGAGAACCAGUUCAGCGCACUCGGAAGACUUCGAAAUAUAUGACCAAGUAUGAGCGAGCAAGAAUCCUGGGUACUCGCGCUCUGCAGAUCAGCAUGAAUGCACCUGUGAUGGUUGAGUUGGAGGGUGAGACUGAUCCGCUUGAUAUAGCAAUGAAGGAGCUCCGGCAGCGCAAGAUACCAUUUACUAUCCGUCGAUACUUGCCUGAUGGAAGCUAUGAAGACUGGGGGGUCGACGAGCUAAUUGUGGAAGACUCCUGGAAGAGGCAAGUGGGAGGUGACUAGUUGAUAUGUAUCACAUCUGGGUUGAAGGUUUUCAUAACCUUCUAAUAUGAUUUGGUUUUGUUCUUUCUGUACAUCCUAUGGUUAAACGUGGAAGCCAUUGUUUGAUGAAUGGAUUAUAAAGGUUGUUGGUUCCUAUAGAACAAUAUAAACCAGUUAUUGUCUGUGAA